AAAUAUUUAUUUAGCAAGUAUCAAAUACGUACUUUAUUUACAAACCGAAAAAAGGAUUUAUUUUCAUCAAAAUAAUUAAAAACCCUAUCCCAUCGCUAAGCAAUCCAGUGAACAUUCUAGAUUAUCUUGUUGAACAUUGUACAGACAUACCAGACGAAAAGCAAACAAAAUGGUAUCUGCAGCAAAAAUCAUUUAUCUUGUUGCAAUAGUCACAGCUGUUGUAUGUGCUGUCAUAGCAUUAGCAAUAAGUCCAUUUAUGAAAGGUAAUGCUUUGGUGACUAAUUCACAGAAAGUCAAUUUAUCAUUUAUAAUCAUUGGUACUGUCUUUUUAAUUGUAGCGGCAAUACUUGUAAUUAUUACAUUUAUCAAAUAUGACACUAUGGUGUUUAUGAUUAUUAUAAUUGUAAUAUUGGGAUUAGCAAUUUUAUGCUUCAUCAUUGCACUUGUUGUGAUUGAUAUGAAUCCAGGAUAUUUAGGUUGGUUAUUAGCAGCUUUAUGGGUAACAUUCUUAUGCUUACUAAUCGCUAUAAUAAUAUGGAUAACAAAUAGUGAUUAA